AUGAAGGGAUUACUAUUGCACUGCGGGCUUCAACUGUUGGUGAAUAGUAUCCUUGCGGCCGCAGGACCUACGGCCGUGGAUGCAGCAAAUAAUGUCACUUAUAGGGGUCUCGACCGCAAUGGAAUUGAGGCAUUCUUGAACAUCCCCUAUGGACAGGACACAGGUGGCAGCGAGAUCAUCGCACAGUCAUUUGGGCCCUCCUGCCCCCAGCCGCUUGGUGAUGAGCUGGGCGUGCCGCUUGUUCUCGGCAACGUUACGGACACCUCGGAAGACUGCCUCAAUCUGAAUAUAGCGAGACCGAAAGGGACUCUUUCCGGGGACAACCUACCUGUCAUGGUCUGGAUCCACGGCGGGAGCUUCUGGUCGGGCCAGAACAGCGAGAUCACGGUGGCGCCCGACGGCUUAAUCCUGGAGUCUGUCGAGAAUGAACUGCCCAUCGUCCACGUGGCUUUGAACUACCGCCUAGGUGUCUUCGGCUUCGCACGGUCUGCGGCGCUCGAGUCUGAGGGCUCAGAGAAUGCUGGACUGAGGGACCAGAGACUUGCGAUCGAGUGGGUGCGAGACAACAUAGAGCACUUCGGGGGCGACCCCGACAAGAUCACCAUCGCUGGGCAGUCAACCGGAGGAUUGGCUGUGGGAAUGCAGCUUAUGGCAUACGGAGGCAGCAGGCCAAUAGCUUUCCAACAGGCGAUCUGCGAAAGCCAGACUCUCGAGCCUGGCAUCACCGGGAACUUCACGACCGACGCCAUGCAGCUCCUUGUGGACCACCUGGACUGCAACACCACAAGCCUCGACUCCGAACAGACUGUGACUUGCCUGAGGGGCUUCGACAAAGACACCCUCAUGGACGCCUCCUUAGCCACAUACAUCGGCGACACAGCCCACAACAUUGGCGACAUUUGGCUCCCAGCCGUCGACGGCGACUUCCUACCCGCCGCCCCGUCCGAGCUCAUAAGAGAGGGCAGAUUCGCCAACGUGACGACCAUGAUAGGCUGGACAGAGGACGACGUCUCAUACCUCACCGAGCCAAGCAUCGAGACGGCCAACGACACGCGGGACUUCUUCCUCUCCUACGCGCCCGGCUUGACGCCCACCAACGUGGACACGCUGCUCUCGCUGUACCCGGUGUCCGACUUCCAGGCCAACGCCGCGGCGGACCUCUCGGCCGAGUUCUACCGCGCCGCCAGGAUCUUCCGCGACAUCCUCAUGACAUGCCCACCGCUGUGGUAUGGCGCACACAUAGCCACCGGUGGCAGCCAAGUCUACCACUACGCCUGGAACCAGUCGCUCCUGGAUCCGAUCCUGGGUUACGUGGGCUACCCGGGAAUGGGUAUCGUGCACACCUCCGAGCUAGGCUUCGUCUUCGGAAACCUGUCGCACUAUGACGUGCAUGGCUACCCAUUUUCACCAGGCGAGUCUGACCACGCCCUGCUCCGACGGGGCUCAAGGUCGUGGUCCUCCUUCGUGAGCACGGGAAGGCCCAGCGUGGAGGGUCGCGAGACGUUUCAGGGUUUCGGCUCCGCGUUCGAGGAGCCCGGCCAGGCGUACAUCUUUGUAGCCGGCGGGCCGGACGAGGGCCUCUCAGCUGUUGAUGGGCCCGGGGCGUCGGCGGCGCUGGCGGGCCAGAGGUUGAGGGAGCGGUGCGAGUUUAUUACCUCAUCGGAAAUGAUUGAGCAGUUGAGGUUUUAG